UGAGCGUGAGGUCUACCUCCAGGAAGUCGGCUGCGGAAACCCGGAGAGCGCUGGGGAAGAGGUGCCUCAGGCCCAAUGGCGACUGCGGAAGCAAGCGGCUGCGAUGGGAAGGGGGAAGGGGUCGAGACCUCAGUCACCUAUUACCGAUUGGAGGAGGUGGCGAAGCGCAACUCUCCGAAGGAGAUAUGGCUGGUGAUCCACGGGCGAGUCUACGAUGUCACCCGCUUCCUUAACGAGCAUCCUGGCGGAGAAGAGGUUCUGAUGGAACAAGCUGGUGGAGAUUCAACUGAAAGCUUUGAAGAUGUAGGCCACUCCUCUGACGCCAGAGAAAUGCUCAAGCAAUACUAUAUUGGUGAUGUGCAUCCGAAUGACCUUAAACCUGGAAGUGGUAGCAAGGACCCUCCGAAAAACAGUACGUGCAAAAGCUGCUGGUCGUAUUGGAUCUUCCCCAUCGUAGGCGCUAUUCUCUUGGGUUUCCUGUAUCGUUACUACAUGGCGGAGAGCAAGUCCUCCUGAGGAGACCUUGUUGAAGUCUGGAAGCCAUAUCCUCCUGGGAUUGAGAACUAGAGACUUGUUUGGAGGAUGCAGCGGUGCCCUCUUCUCGAAUCCUGCCAAUCGUAUUCUUCCCCCUCGGAGCCCAGACUGUUGGCCAGACAUCCACCUCAGCCCCGGGACCAGUGUCCAAGUCAUUUCUCAGAGCCUUACUCUCCAAGCACCUGCUCACUGUUCUGUGUCCUUGCCUUUGUUUCCUCUCUUUACUCUUUUCCACAAGCACCUUCGUGUAACAGAACUUUCUUUUAUAAUUAUAGUCCGCAUGUCCUAGGGACAUUGCCCUUUGGUAAAAUUGCCUGCUCUCCGGUACUUUGAACGCACAUUACACAUACUUAACAGGGCAUCACUCUCUGGUUUUGAAGCUUUUCUUUUCCCCUUUUUCUUUUAAGUAAAUAUUAUUAUUUUUUAAAGUAUGACUUAAUUCUAUUGUUUAUCUUAAGAGGUUUCAUUCACGAAGUCAGGUUGCACACCCGUGACUUAAAACACAGCUGCAGAAUGAUCUUGUUCCUUGGUUGUAUUUGUUAAAACUGAGCGAGUGUAGCAGGGAGCCCUUGCCACCCGCUAAGGCCGCCAAGUGGUGCUGGGCAGAAAUCUGCUUGCCUUUUGUUUAUGGGGAGUGGAGAGAAACAGGAAGAGGGAGAGAUGAAUUGGGGUGAGAAAUACAGAAAAACACUACUUUUAGGACAGGAGUUUAGAAAUGGCACCUUUAACUUCAUCCUAUGCUUUGGUUUGGCACUGGUCUCUAGUCAUUUUUGUUAAGGGAUUUUGUUAUUUUUUUAUCAGUUGGCAAAUUUCUUAUUCCCUAUUUUACAGAAGUAAGAGACUCCAAAUUGAUCAAAGAUACAGUAUUUGAUAUUUCAUUUGCCCCAGUAAAAUAACUCCCAUGGUAAAGCGGCAUUUGGAAGGGGGAGAUUGGGACAGGAAAAUGUUUUCCAUUUCAUCUGUAUUUUACCUCCGUGGCUCCAAUUUGUGGUUCUGUUGUUUUUCCAUUGAGAAUUUAAAAAAACUGAUAGGCUUUUUUUUUUCUUAUGACUGUUUCAUUGAGGAGUAGGUUAUUAUUUAGAAUUCUGUUACUGUUUCUCCUUGGUUCAGGAGUUUCUCUGGCAUGUUUGACUGCUUUUCCCCGCCCCCGUGGAAGCACCUGAAGAGACUAUCCACUGGCAGUUUUCUGCCGACAACUGUGGUGAUUUUUCUCCGCAUCCUUUGAGGAUGAUCAUUCUGCUCUGAGCCAUUGACACGUGCAGCAGGGAGCAGCGUGGUUCAGGAAGGACCACGGGCACUGCUCAGCAUCUCCUCCCCUCUUCCUGCUUGCCAGGCAUCUGACAGGACAGGAAACUACACAGCACACCAGUGUCUGCCCAUGCAAACUAUUUAAGAAAAAGUUCAACCCAGGUCUUGUAUCCUGUGAUUUAGCAGCUGAGUGAAUUCGGAAUUCAUAAAAAUAAUGUUAACCUGCUAAUCGUACACUUAGUUAUGAUAUUAUAGAGUAAUUUUAGGGGAUUUCUGGCUGACUUUUACAUGUCAGGGAUAUGGGUAAACUUUUAAAACUUUUGUCUUUAGAAAACGUUUUGUAUGUAUUGUAAGAUGCCACUCCAAGACAAUUUAUUGAAUGAAAAGUCUUUGCUUAUUGUGUAACAGAGGUGGUGUGACUUGAUGCUCCUCCCUGAAGGCAAGGAAGGGUUGCCUUGAAUAAGAAUUGAUAUAUAAUUGCCGUAAUCAUUAAGUUGCAUGAUCACAUGGGCCCACAGUAGGGUAGAAAUGAAGAACAAAGGAGUAUUGAGGAGCUGGAAAGGGAACAUUCAAGCUAAAACUAAGCCAGAAGAUAACUUGGAUCAAUUAAAAGUGUGUUGGCGGCCCCAAAAGUGAAUGAAAAACAUCUGGCUUAGAAUAAAUGUUAAAGAACAAUAUUCUUAAGUAAAAUUUGUGGGUUUUUAAAUAUUUUUAGGGUAGAGACCACUAUAAAAGGUAUGUUUUUCUGUUUCAUAUUGGUGGUCUUUUCCUGUUUAUAUCUGGACUCGUUUUUAUUCAGAGCCAGAGGGAAAGAUUUUCAGACUUUGUCUCAACCAUCCAUGAAAUCCAUCCAAUACCCAGGGCUUCUUUUGAUCUACUGCUAAUGUGAUGUCACUUUGUAUUAUACAACCCACUUUUGGGUCUGUUUACUAUUAUUACUCUGCUGCCUACAUAAACAGCCAGGUGAAAGGUAGAGCUUGUGUGAGUUUGCAGAGGUUUUUUCCUAAACAAUAAAGUAAUACAGUAUGUUAGCCAAAUCCAUCAGAAAGGACUUUUGUUUUAAGAAGUAGACAGGAAUUCUCGAAACAGUCUCGACAUUGGUGGGUCGUGAAAAGCCAGAGCCAGUGGAGCCAGUCCCUGUUGGCCAGCUGGGCCUCCUGCGGUGUCUCUAGGGUGUUUGGUUGUUUAUGUCCAAGGAAGACUCACUGUUGCCACCCACCAUACUGUACACAUAAUGGCUGGAGAUCACAGGAGGAGGAGAUGAGGGGAAAUUCGUGCCCCCAAAAUAGGGAUGUCAGUGCUGAGUCCCAAAAUUUCCUGCUCCUGUCUCUCAGGAAUUGGUUUUGGUUUCCAAAUGACUUGCAUUUGUAAAGACAGGAAAGUGGUGGGGACAAAGUUUAUCCUGUGUUUAGUUCUUAUGUGACCACUUAAGCAGCAACAAAAAUCCAUUGGAACCUAUAAUUUGAGCCUGCAACUGUUCUUUCAGCAGUUGUCGUAAAUGCACAUGUUGUGAAAUAAGAACAUUGUUGAGGGUAUGCUCACUCAGUUCCCACGUGGAGCAAUGAGAAAUGCUUUACAAGCCAGCUACGUCAUUGCUUACCUAGUAUCUCAUGCGUAAAAUCUCAAGUGACACUACAUGAUUAAAUUCCAUUUUAGAAAUGCAGAACGUUAUUAUUCAUUGCUUCCUUCCCCAGGAGAAAUGGAUUCAGACCUGUCUUGUCUCAACAGGAGAUUGACCUUUUUUUUUUUUUUUUCUUUUCUCUUUUUUUUAACCGUCUCAUUCUUUUGCCAAAUAUCACACAAGUAAUGGGGGGUUCAGUCACAUGUGACGGUUGUGCUCUGGAAGAGCUGGGUUUGGAAUUUGUGGGGGUGAUCUCAGAGGGAGGGCCCACGAAGCAGAGAGGUGUUUGUCAAGUCACUGACCCUCCAUCCAGCAUCUCACUCAUGGAUUUUAGGAGCUGCUUUGUGUCCGCACUUGUAUUCUACAUUUACUAUUUAGGCAAAACAUUAUUAUGGUUGUUUAAUUUUCUUUCUUUUGACUUCACCCUCAACUCUGAACGAGUAAUAUUAACAUUCCUUUUGUGUAUUCAAUAGUGGAGAUUGUUUACCUAUUUUAUUUCAGCAUAUUUUGAACAAAGAUCUUUGUCUGUUUUUACUGGAAUGUGCACACAGUGAAUGUUUGUUAGAACUACACACAAUAAAGAUACUGUUUUCCUUUU